AUGUUUUGCUUCAGCGUCCUCAGUCUUUAUUUAAUGUCGGCAUUAGUUGGAACAAAUCCCAUCAUGGAUUCGUCGUACAUUGCUGCUGUGUAUGAGCACAACCUGAUCAUCAACCCGGAGCCUGCUGUCCGCCUGUCCCGCUCCGCUGCCCUGAAGUACAUACAGAAAAACCUGGAUAUCUACGAGCAGCAGGCUGCCUUGGCUGCUCAGGAGGGUGUUCAGAUCCUGGUGUUUCCAGAGGAUGGUCUUCAGGGUUUCGACUUCACCCGUUCAUCCAUCUCUGGCUACCUAGAAACCAUUCCUGACCCACAGAAGGAGAGCUGGAACCCCUGCACAGAGCCGGACAAAUACAACAACACUGAGGUUCUCCAGCGGUUGAGCUGUAUGGCCCGUCGUAACAACCUCUACCUGGUGGCCAACAUGGCUGACAUGCAGCCUUGCCCCCUGACGACCGACCCCUCCUCCUCCUGUCCACCUGAUGGACACUGGCAAUUCAACACCAAUGUGGUUUUCAGGUCAGACGGCCUGCUGGUGGCACGCUACCAUAAAAACAACCUUUACUUUGAGGAGUCCUUUGACACACCACCACAACCUGAGAUCAUAACGUUUGAUACACCUUUUGCUGGAAAGUUUGGCCUCAUCAUCUGUUUUGACAUUCUGUUCUAUAAGCCCACAGUCAACCUGGUAGAGAAGGGUUUGCGUCAGCUGAUCUAUCCCACAGCCUGGCCUAACAAAUUCCCUUUUUUUUUUGGGCACCAGAUACAGCGGGCGUUCAGCUUUGCAAACAAUAUCACUCUUUUAGCGGCCAACAUUCGUCACGACCCACUGAAAAUGACAGGAAGUGGCAUCUACACCCCUUUUUCUGCAACCUACCACCACGCCCUGCAAGGAGACCCAGAGGCAGGCAGGCUGCUGGUGGCCAGGGUGCCAGUCUUAGACCCACUGUGGGUGAGGCAGGGCGAGGCCAAAGAGGAGGGGGGAGUUAGGAGUGAGUCCACAUCAUCUACAGCUACAGACUCUGGAUACUGUCUCAAAGACAGCUGUGAUCCUCCUCCUGCUGAAACUGCUUCUUCAGCCCCUCCUUCCCCUGACACCUUCAUCUCAUCCAUGAUGUAUGACCCGUUCACAUUUGUUCUCCUAAAAGAGACAGAGGGUGAAGUGAAAGUAUGUAAUGGCACCUUCUGCUGUCACCUGCAGUACCAGAGGUCACCACAGGGUGACAGUAAAGAGCUCUAUGCAUUGGGAGCAUUUUCUGGAACUCACACUGUAAAUGGCCGCUUUGGCCUGCAGGUGUGUGCUCUUGUGCGCUGUGCAGGGUUGGACGCCAGUUCCUGUGGACAGCAAGUGGAAGAGGCUGAGUCUAAGAUGGACUUUCUGUUGGAGGGGAACUUUGGGACCAGAUGUGUGUACCCAUCAAUUUUGGCCAACAAACUGGCCCUGGAACAGCCUGAACAUCUGGACACAUCUGCAGAUGGCAGAGUGACCAUGAAACACUCUAACAUGACUGCUGGGCUGGUCACUGCCUGUCUGUACGAACGACUGUAUCACCUGGACAAUGAAGGAAAAAUCUCACCAACAUGUAAAAACUAAUUUGAAAAAAAGAUCCCCAUUCGGUUGUUACCCAUUUGCUAUCUGUCAUGUAGAUCAUCCGUCAAUGUUUGUUGAUUGUUGUUAGUAGUGUGGUGAUCUUUGUAUUCUUAUUAACAAAGAUCCCUUUUGGUUUAUUGUGCAGUCCUGGUAGGAAGGGGUGGGUAGCCUUUUUGUUUAAUUACUUUUCUCCUGUUUUUGUAUAGGGAGCUCAGGUUAAAAAAAAAAACCUGUAUUUUAUUUUACAUAUCUUUGUUUUCAGGUUAGUUUUCAAAUGAGAUGUUUUGUUUGUUAUUUUGGCUAUGCUCACCCUGAAGCAAAAUGUUUAUUGUUGUGGACAAUACAUUUCAUUGGACUGCUUCACUGUUUACACUCAUCUCUGGGAGUUGGGAACGUGGCGGAGCAACUUUCAUGUUGCGCACCGGUCACCCUAGGCCAGGGCGUAACACUAUUUAACAAACUUAUUAGCUCCAUACAAGCUGACCUGCGUCCAUAGGUCCUCGGGGCCUUCUCACUGUUCCAAAGUCAAAACUGAUAACCAAAGGUGGCCGGGC